AUCAACUCUCCUUUGUUCCUCAACAAGUGCGAAGCUGAAACUAAAGGGGGAAAUAUCUGCUUGUAACCUAACCAUGAAAGCUUUUUUCUUCUCCGGAGAAAUCCCCCCCAAGGAACAACCAGCAAGCCAACCUUCCAGUGCCAGGAUGCUCAUCUUACGAGCAGGCCUUCCUGGAGUACUUCUUUCUCUCUAUGGCAGCAGUAGGAAAGGGACAGCUGCAUUUUUGCACAUAAACACAGAUGCAUCUUUAGUGCUGUCCUGGGAUACUGAGGAACAGUGCGAGCGUAUUCGUGUCCUAAAGGGCUAUAUUUCAAGGAGCACAACAUCAAAGAACAUUCAGCCAAGUGUGGUUGGGGAUGGCUCCAGUUUGCUUGUGGAUAUAAACAUCUCCAUUCCAUUUAUAGAAAAACACCCUGCUAAAGAAAUACUGACAGAUGCAAGCACCCAUCUCCCUGAUCACCAAAGGUGA